AUGGCUGGUGUCAUGAUCGGGACUGAUUUGUAUCCUAACGUGUUCUAUUUAGCCUGUGAUAACCAUCCGACAAAGAAUUUGCAGAAUGCCCCCAUAGAUACCGAGGUGAGCGUUGGUCAGAAAAUUAUUGUUCGCAAGCCUGGCAACCCUCCGGUCUUCGCCAAAGCCAUGGCCGUACGAAUGGUCACCCCAAUGUAUUGUCGUGUGGCUUUUACUGACGGGACAUUCUCGAAAGACACACCGCCGGAGUACCUCACGAAUGUUGAUUGGGUUCAUCAUGGAGCGCCACGCAUCGGCUCGACUGUGAAAGUGCUUUGGCACGAUGGGGUCGAGUACACGGCAACUUUUGAAGGUACCGCGAUAGAAGAAUGGGAAGUCAAAUACAAGGAUAAGAAAAAAGAAACCCUCUCGAGAGACCAAUUCUUCGUGCGAAAACCGAUAAAAUUUAAGCGGAAAAAAUAUCGUCCCGAGCCGUGGGAAAUCCCAGUCUGUUUUGGUCUGGACAGUUCAUCAGAUUCCAUAUAUUGA